UCCGCCCGCUCUACCCAUCGUAGCCAUGGAGCUGGCAGCGUACACACAAGUGGCACACAUUCACUUGGCAGUCUUUGUUCCGAGGCCGGAGCCGCUCCAGAGGACAGGACGCUUCGGGGGAGCCACUUUGCCGCCUGUCCGAAAAGUCUCCAUGGCUGCAGCGAGGGACGCCCCCUUCGGCACAGAUGCGACCCCGGAAAUCAUCGUGAAGAUCAUUGGGAGUAAACACGUCAAAUAUUUUGUGGAGAAGCCAAAGAGGAUUAAGGUUGGUGGUGGUGGUGGUGAUGGACCUGAGAAGCUGCAAGCCCACCGUGCCCAUGAUGGCACAGCUGAGAAGCAGCAGGAACCUCCAUGUCAAGUGAUUCCCCGGUGCAGUGCACCUCUUUGGGUGGGACAGGCACGUUUAGGACCAUCGGAUGUGCAGUGCGUCACGGCGCCCACUGGAGACCAGUCACUGUCCUACAUCCAUGGUCAGAAGAAAGUGUCAGUCGGUGAUCACAGCUCAACAUGGCUGCAGGAUGAUCCAAAGACAGGAGCAGCAGAGGAGACCACGGGGCCACUCCGCACCAUCAUGAGGAAUGAAUUACAGAAGUGCAGCAAACACAGCCUGAAACGUGUCAAGGAAGAGCUGGCAGCGCUCGACCCUGCCCACUCCGGCCUGGCCCACCCAUCGAGGAUGAGUCUGCUGCUCCUCAGACAUAAAGUGCCCCUCUCGCUGCCAACUCUGAGGCUGCUUUUUCACACGUUUGCUGAGCAUCACAGCCUUGAGCAGGUGUAUUACAAGGAGCUCAUUGAUUUCCUCAUCAACACAGCCAACGAGGACCUUCAUCUUGGAGCCAUGCCAAGGGAAGGCCUUGAUUGUGUGCCAACAGAUGGCAUCCACCAGGUGUUAGAGCUCGAUUCUAACAGGAAACAACACAACGCGCAACUGGUCCACCUGCUGAGACGAGCCCUCGCUGACCACCCAGAGCGGGUAGACCUGGCACUUGUGUGGAGGAGCCUGCUUGAGGCAGACAUGGAGAGCAGCGGGCAGCUGCCAGUGACCACGAUUAAGGAGGUCUGCCAGAAGAAUGGCUUACCUGUCUCCUUGGAGUUGCUGGACACGUUACUAAAUAGCAGAACGUUGGCCACCGGGGGGAUGACCAGCAACUGGCUCAAAUUCGUGGAACUCGUCCAAGCUGCUCUGCCAGAAGAAGGUAUGGCCGGAGAUCUCAAGGAAUCAGAGAAUCCAGACGAUGAAAACAACGAAGACCUUCAUCAGGCUAGGAAAGAACAUGGAUUGGACAGAAGGAAUGAUGUUGCAUUGCCAUCCCACCUUCAUCGUUUCUCUAAGAGUACUGGCGCCGUGAGAGACGUGCGGCUCCGAAACCCGGCAGAGCCUGAGACGUGGCUGCAGCGCUUCAACAAGCUGGAGACGGCAAUGGACAAGUAUGACCACCAAAAAACAGGGAGCCUGGAUAAAAACGAAGCAAGACGCCUGAUCCACAACUACAACCUCAUUCUUGACCUGAAGCUGAGCCCUCUCAAAAUUGACCAAGCCCUUCAGAACUUCCAGAGUGGUGGACGUGUCUCUUUGGAGCCCCUGCUUCAAUACCUCAAAGAGCUGUGAGGCUUGCUAAGACGUGUAUAACUGGUCUCCAUCUCUGGUCUCCUCUUUUUUUUAUUACAUUUGGUUAUUUUUGGUCACUAUUGUAUGUUCAUGUUUUUGCCAACUCAGGUUAUUUAUUAUUUCCAGGGAAGGUGUUUAGACGUUCAAAUUAU